UAUGCCGGUGCUUCGAAGAGUUCUGUCUCGCGUAGUUUGAAAAAAAGAUGUUCUGUCAGUGUAACGCCCCUGCAUUUCUUGAAAACAUGAAGUCAUCAUGACAGUUUACAUCAGCGCCCAUAUAUAUCGCAGAGGCUAUAAACUUAUAAAGGGUAAGAAAGAAUUACGCAUUAGGAAGAACCAGGAAAUAUGUACCGGUGCAUGAUUUUGAGCUUUGCAUAUAAAAUUUAGAGUCAAUUUAAACGUAGGCCGUCAGUGACAAUUGAAGUCCUUCCUACUUUGAAGAAAACACGUUUGGAAUAAAAAGCAACAAACAGUAACCCAAACACAACUUUAGUUCGAAGGCAGGUGCACCAAUUUCAAGAAGCACUAAUUGUGGAAGCAGCAUUUUGUGAUGGAGAUGUUAUUACAAAUUGUAUUUUAAUCCCGUGUGUGCUAAUACAUGCGUUAACCCCCACAAUGUUGUACUCGUGCACUUGUAUUAAAUAGUAAAUAUGUACUCUUGUUUCUGUACCGAGUUCCGUGAACGUUUUGUUGCAUUAUUGAUCAUAGAACAAACAAGAACGUGACAAGAAGCUCUUAAUGUAGUUUUGUUACUGAAACACAUGAAUAUAUGUCUAAGAAAUCAAAUAGUUAUUCAAAACUUGUUAAGGAGCCACAGUUGUUACAAUUGGAUUUAUACUGUUUAUAUUAAGAAUUGGGUGGUAUGUGUGUGUUACAAAAAUUUCGUGUGUCCAAAAAUGUGAAGUUUUCCAUUUGUAUUUUCAUUUACUUCGAAAACGAAUGCCGAAGAAAAAUGGGUCCAUGAGGCGAAAGUGUUAAACAGAAAAAAAUGAAUCGAAACAGAAAUAUAACCCGUACAGUUGGUGCAUGAGAUUGCUGUCACUUUCGGUUGGUAUUGUGAUCAAAGAAAAAAUAUGCACACAGUGCCAAGCAGGUGCUGUUUAUAGAUUGUUUCUCCAUAAAGCACCUGAGGUGUGAAGAAUGAGCCAAAAAUGUUUCUUAAGAAAGAGAAGGUGCCAAGGCAGAACUACUUAUAGUUAUGGGGCAACUGGUUUAAUUUAAUAAUGUAGAAAUGAAGUUUACUGAUACCAUUAUCUUGCCAAAUGUAGCAUAGCUCACAUUUUAGAAAGAUUUAUCUAGUGCCUUAUUUUGUAUCAUACUUUAAGAAACUAGUCAUGUUGAAUGUAUCAGAUUAACUAUGUUGUAAUUUACUUGUUUGAAUUUACAAUUUUGAAGAACAGAUGCUUGUCAUAUUAGCCAAAGAACACAGUUUAUUUUAAUUCUGUACUGAAUUUUUACUUUUAAAUGUUAUUUAUACAAAGCUUUUGCUAUUUUUAUGCCAUAUCAUCUCCUCCUUAGAGGUGUAAAGCUAAACCAAAUGUGCCAGUACCAAACACCAAUGAGUUUAGAAAUUAAGAAUUUCAGUGAUAUCAGACAAGUGCUUUAAAUGUGUCAGUUAUAUGUGCAGGUACAAAACUGCACGCAUAGCGUACUAUUCUUGUACUUCCUGCUUGGCAGUCGAUGUGUGUGUUGUAAAAGUUACAAUUGUAUAUUCAAUACCCACCAGAGCAAUAAAAUGUGACAAGCUGCACAGGCACAAGUAGCCAUAUUGUUCCUAAAAAUAAUCUGAGAGGAAAAUUUUUAUUCUAUUGCCACACUGAAAAACUGAGAAUAGCAUUAAACUGGCAAUCUGCAUUCUUUUUGUGACAUUUUUCUUGAUUACUGUGUAAUCUUCUCUGUAAGCCAUAAUACAAGACACUCUGCCAGCAGUUGCUUGUUAUAAUUUUUGUGCAGUUUAAGAUUUUGAAUUGUCAUGGGUAAAUUGAUUAAGAUGAACAUGAAGAAAGAAAAAGGCAAGAAACGUAACAAGAAUCACAAAUGCCAGUAUUGCAGAAAGAACUUCGCAGCAGCAGGUGAUUUAACAAAGCAUUUGAGAACUCACACAGGAGAGAGACCUUAUGAGUGUGCAGACUGUGGUGCACGGUUUGCACAGGGUGGUGGUUUGAAGAACCAUAUUGUGGCCAAACAUACAUAUCCUGAACCAUUUACUUGCCACCACUGUGGACGGACAUUUCCCAUCAAGGAACGCUUAAGGCUGCAUCUGCGUACACACACUGGUGAGCGACCAUAUGCCUGUCCACAGUGUCCACGCCGCUUUGCUCGUGGGGGCCAGCUGCUGCAACAUACCAUAACCCAUACAGGUGAUAAACCAUACCAUUGCACACGUUGCCCAAGGCAAUUUGCCUCCCAGAAGAAUCUCAGUAUGCAUCUGAAACGACACGAUGGGACACGUGAUCAGACAUGUGAAAUUUGUGGUAAAUCAUUUGUUCGGCGUGAUAGUCUCAUGAAACAUGUUGCUUGUAUCCACAGUGGAAUCCGUGCUUUCCGUUGUGACAUCUGUGGAAAAGAGUUGAAAGGUCAUAUUGUCCAGCAUUUACGUAUCCACAUGAGUGAAAAGCCAUUCAGCUGUAAGACAUGUGGAAUGGCAUUCACACAAGCCUCUCAUUUAAAGGUCCAUGGACGUGUUCAUAGCGGGGAGAAGCCGUAUCAGUGCAAAGUGUGUAAAAAGGCCUUUGCACACUCAGCUGCUCUGAAGAUGCAUGUUCGAAGACAUACAGGUGAGAAACCAUUCAAAUGCCUUCUCUGCCCAUCAGCAGCAUUUGCUCAGUUGCCUCAUCUCAAAAAGCACAUGCUGUGUAUUCAUAAAACAGCAAAACCUUACUUAUGUAUUCGCUGCCGAGAGUUUUUCAAGACAAAAAAUGACUUGGAAACACAUGAACAGACAUGCAAAGCAGAAGAAGUUAACCAUGCAUGUGAGGACGGUGGUGACUCUCUGGAUAAAGUAAAAGACAGUGACGAUAAGGACAAAUCACUUGUACCUCCCAUGCCGAUAGCAAAAAUGAGAAUGUUAUUGGCAAUACUUCUAAAAAGGAUCUCAACAUCUGAAAGGCUUGAGCAGUUAGGUUUCGGGGAGCGCCUCAUUGAUGACGUACUGUGUGAAUCAAUUGAAAUGUCAGGUAGAAAACCCUGUUCUGACAAAGGUAUGGAUGAAGGCGAGAGGUUGAAAAAAAAUGUUGAGAUUCUUUUGGAAUGGACAGUACCAAAACGAUUCAUGGAUAGGUUUCAGAAGGAGGGUAGAUCUGCAGAAGCACUCUUAGAAGAACUCACAUCGUAAUGUAUCAGGUUGGUUAGGUAUUUAUACACGAUCACAGAAAUAAAGAGGAAAUUUUUUUUAUGAAAUGAAACCAAACAUUGUUAUUGUGACUGAAAUGUUUAUUUUUCAAUGUCCAAUACAAAGAUAAAUACAUAUAAAUAAUCUUUUUAUACUAAAAUAUAUCCUAUUAUUUUUAAUCUUGUUUUAUUUUUAUAUUAUUUUCAUAAAGUCAGAGAAUGUCAAGAAAAUGAUUUUAGCCAUCAGCUUGCCUAUUUUGUGUAUUAAAACAAAUUUUAUAAAUGAUUGCCUAGAAUACAUAUGAUUAUUGUGAUGGUAGUGCUGUGUGCUGAUUCGUAUAUCAGCUGCUUAUUGUGUUCAAUAUCUUUAGGGUCAGAUAUUUUGUAUUUAAUCUAACAUAAAAGCUGCCUGUAGACUUUGUGGAUUUGCCUGCUGCAGUGUGCAUUCAAGAUGUUUAUUCUUCUCUUAAUUUUUCUCAAAGUUGGCUACGCGCAUAAAAAUAUGCUUGAUAAAAUAAAAAAGAACCAGCACGUCAUGUUUUUACCUUAAACUGGGACUGUACUGUGUGGCAGAAUUCAUUGUUAUGUUGAACAAGUGAAAUAGUUCAAUUUUUAAUGUAAGAUAUAAUUAUUAUUUGUGUACAGUUUCAGGACAACAUUUAAUGUAAGACAGUAAUUACAAAAAUAGUUUUGUGAUAACCAUCUCUUUACUAGAGGAAGAUAAUGCAGAAAGGUGAGGAUCAAUUAUAUUCUCUCAGGAAUUGCUUUAUUUAGAUAGUGAUAUUAUUAUUUUUUUUCUUCUCCCCCCCCCCCCCCCUUCUUCCUAACUUAAAAUACAACACGAAGCCUGUACUGGAAUUUCCAGUUUUUUAUGAUAAUCAAAUUUGCUGCAGAUAAUAGUAUCUCUGUGCAAAGAUUAGGCAUUUGAAACCUAUUUUUUUAAGGACAUCAUAUUUGCCAUUGACUGUAGAAAUUAUGUAUUUCAUAAUUGCAGUUUAGCCCUUAAGGCCAUUAUCAAAUGGUGCUGCAAAAGAUUUUGUGUCAAUACAUGUCACAGUUUAAAACCCUCUGAGGUACUAUAUGUUUGCAGCUGAAAAGUCACUGACGUGGAAGACAGAUACAAAUUUGUAGUUCGUGCUGUGGUGAAAGAUAGUCAAAAACAACUGAUAAAUACAAAACCAUGUAUUUAUCUGUUAGGACCACCACAAUGGGAGGCUUUCUCCUCCUAUAACUCCUCCUGAACUAAUUGAGAACGUUCACACCUCUCACAGGCAACAUACCAAUUUGCACUGCACGUACCUCAUGCUGUCAAACUGAAAUAAUUGCCAUCAGUGCAUAGCUGCAGGCAGUGAGGGGAAUGACCAAAAAAAAAAAGAAAGAAAAAAAAAAAAAAAAGAAAAGAAAAAUCAGGAACACAAACAGCACUCCCCAAACACUCACACAGGCAAAAAAUUCUUAUGUGUGAUAUUUUGUGUUGAAAAUGGAGGAAAAAAUUAUGAAACAUUUGCUCUUCCUGCAUUGUUCUGUUUAAAAAUUUGGUCCAAUUGUCAAGAAUUAACACUAUGUCCAGCUCACACAAUGUAUUUUUGAACUAUUGUCAUAGUAGAUCGUAUAAUAAUGUUCAGUUGUACUGACCGAAGAAAGACAAUGUGUGAAUUUUUUGCCCCUUCUCCCUAAUCAAGUUUUUAACUUGCAGAUGGGAAUGACUUUUGAUGUUGAUUGUGUAGAAUUUUCUGUGUGUUUAUUUAAUAUUUUAAUGUGUUUACUAUCUUGCCAGACAAGUCAAUGUACCAUUAUCGUCAUCUUGUAUGCAUAUGACAAAAUAUUUUGGUGUUUUAAAAAAAAAAAAGAAUGUGU